AUGUCAGGGGAGAUAUUGACUGAGUUGGAUCAACGCUCAGCCCCGCCGCUACCUGCAUCGCCCCCACCAUCACCACCACCCCCACCACCACCACCACCAACAAUGGCUGACGACCAGCAACCACCCAAUAUCCAGCAGCCUCAGCAGCCCCAACACCUCCAACAAUAUGAACACCAGCUGCAGCAUCCUGACCAGCCCCAACAGCUUCAGCAACAAUCCUCACAGCUAGAGCAACAACCACCCGAUAUACAACAAGAUCAACAUUCACCCGCACAGUCCCACCAGUAUCACCUACAACCCCAACAACCUCAGAAUCCUCACCAGCCCCAAGAGCCUCAACACCAACCUCAACAGCCUCAGCAGCCAUCCCAGUACGAUAUCCAUGAUCUCUUUGGGAAUCUUAAUGAACGCAUGGAUGUCUUGGAACAAUUGUUUGUUGGCAAUCACAAUCGUGUGAAUGAGCAACGUAGAGGAGGUAGUCGAGGUAACAGAGGAGGUAAUCGAGGUAACAGAGGAGGUAAUCGAGGUAACAGAGGAGGCACAGGUGGCUAUGGAGCAGGUGGAAGGAGUCAACGGGGGCGACUAGAUGGAUGGAACGUGGGAAAUGGACAGGCGAGAGAGAAUGGUAGGAGACGAAGAGCUGGGCAAAACCUUGAUCAUCGUAACGCGACAUAUUGGAAGAGUCAAUUCUUCCAAUUGAAAAAUCGUCGAUCUCAGAGGGGCAAGGGUGGUCCUCCAGUGAUCAAUCACUACUAUGCCUCUCAAUAAUGUUUUCCUAUAUGGACUUGAGAGUAGUGCUUCGUCGAAACUGUUUUUUCGACGGUUCACAAAGAUUCAUCCAUGGAUUCAUUCUGAAUUCUUCAUUCAGGAUUGUGUGAUAAUAAACAGAGUAGAAGCAUUCCAUCUCGAGAAAUAUAUAUUCAAAAACGUUUUCUACUCAUCGGAGCGUUGUCUCUUUUCCAAUCAGCUUCUCUGAGCUCUGC